GGAUAGCCCAUUCUGAUAUCCGAUCUUAUACAACCUGGCUUACCGCAGACAGGAGUAAAGGCUGGCAGAGGAGUAGGAGGAGCAGGGAUGUCUGCCCAGGAGGAGAUCAGGGUCCUGGAAGAUGGAAGGCACUGAACCCCUUGAGGACCCCUCCAGUCGCUGGCUUCUUCGCCGCAGAGACUCCAGCACCUAGGACAGGGCCUGACACGAAGUGGGUGCGUAGCGAAUAGAGGACGCAGGAAAGAAUGGAUGCGGGGGAGUGGGUGUCCUCGGAAGGCAGCGCCAAGUGGUUGAGAACCCGCGGUUUCUCUGUGGGAGGAGGGCUCGACGGACUCCCCGAAGGGUGUUAGGAGGGCUCCGCUCCGCUCCUUAACAGGGCUCAAUUCCCCACCCAGAGAAGCCUCUGCUGCACAGUCGCGGCGCCCCUCCCACUUCCGGGCCAGCAGAACAGGAAAUGGAGGCGCGGGCUUCCCAUGAAGCACCGCGGGGCGCCUAUUCAAACCGAAUGGAGAACGGGAAGGAGGUCGUGAUGGCGGCCCCGGAGCCGGAAGUGCAGUCCCCGGCUACAGUCCCUGAUUUGGAGUGGUGUGAAAAGUCGGAGGAAACUCAGGACCCCCAGAUAGAGCUACUUGAGACCACCUCCACCCAGGAACCUCCCAACCCUUUGGAGCCCUUUCAUCCCAGAGACUGCAUGGUGCCAGUGGUGUUUCCUGGGCCUGUGAGCCAGGAAGGCUGCUGUCGCUUUACUUGUGAGCUUCUAAAACAUAUCAUGUACCAACGCCAGCAACUACCUCUGCCCUACGAACAGCUUAAGCACUUCUACCGAAAACCUUUUCCCCAGGCAGAGGAUGUGGUGAAGAAGAAACCUCGGGCCACUGCUGAGGUGAGCAGCAGGAAAUGCCAGCAAACCCUGGCAGAACUGGAGAGUGUCCUCAGCCACCUGGAGGGACUCUUUGCCCGGACACUAGUCCCUCGAGUGCUGAUCCUCCUUGGGGGCAAUGCCCUCAGCCCCAAGGAGUUCUAUGAGCUUGACUUGUCCCGAUUAGCCCCCAACAGCAUGGACCCGAGCCUGAGCACGGCAGCUUGUUUGCGCCGCCUCUUCCGAGCCAUUUUCCUGGCUGACGCCUUCAGUGAGCUGCAGGUCCCUCCACUCAUGGGCACCAUCGUCAUGGCACAGGGUCACCGCGACUGUGGAGAAGAUUGGUUUCGACCCAAGCUCAACUACAGAGUGCCCAGCCGGGGCCACAAGCUGACUGUGACCUUGUCCUGUGGCCGACCCGCCAUCCCAGCUACAACCUGGGAGGAUUACAUUUGGUUCCAGGCACCAGUGACACUGAAAGGCUUCCACGAAUGAAUGGGAAUGCUCAUCGUGCACACAGUGGCUAAAUUAUCUUUCCCCUGGUGGCACCACGUCACCCAUCUCCUGCUUGGAGCUAGUUAAUUCCUGGUGAGAGGAAGGUUCUGUCCUUCUGGCUGCCUGCCCCCCCUUAGACUUUCUGGUGGACUGAUGGUAUGGCUGGGGUUGUAAUCAUCAUUGGACAAGCAUCUCUUUGAAUCACAGGCUGGUUUUCCCAGAGGGUGCUGGGUCAGGUGUUUCUUUUGGGGGCUGGAAAGCAAACAUGGGCCCACAGACAGGCUCCCUCCCCUCCCCUCCCCUCCCCACCCCUCCCCUCCCCGCCCCGGUGGGGUAGGGUGGGGAGGUGACCCUUCUUAGCUUUUUGCUGUGGCUUUUCAGAAUUUUUAACAGGGACAUAAUGUGGAUGUGACUCAUGGACUUAAAUAUAUUAUAAAAUGAAUGGAUUCAUAUUAAAUUUUCCUGAAACAUUUUUGGCUUAAAGAGGCUUAAGGCUAGAGUAAUCUUCUCCCUUGGUCUCUUAGGCUUCAGCCUUCCAUGAUUUCUUUUUUUUCUAAUAGUUCUUUCUCUUCAUUAUUCCUGGGCCAAUAUGGGAAGUUAAAUGACUUGGCCAAGGUUCUUUAACAGUUUGAUAGCAGAGUUGGGACCAAGAAUCCUCAUCAGCUAACUCCUAGCCCAAUGUUCUUUGCUUGCCCCAUGUUGGGUUCUGUGACCCUUAGAGUAUGUGUACCCAAAGCAGAGGUCACACAGCGGGAGGGACCUGAGAAAAGAAAACCAAGAGAGUCUUUGCAAAGCCUGAUUGAACCAUAGGCUAAGACACCGGGUCUGCCCUGUAGAGUCACUUCCGUGAGGCCAAAUGUCCCUUCUGGAAUUCGCCCUGCUAUCUCCACUGCAGUUGCAUGGUGGCUGCUGGCAGUGACUGUUGGCAGUAUUGUCCUCGUGCCAUCCCUGCGCUCCUGCCUGUGGCCAUUCCUCCUCAGCUGCAUCUGUGGCUUGGCCAUCCUGAUCCUUACUGUUAUCCUCUCCAGCUUGGUGCUGUCCUGACCACUGAGCACUGAUGCUCUUUGUCCCUGAGAACAUCUACUUAUUUCUUGGAAGCAAGUUGAAGGCAGAAUCCUCAUCCUGCUGGUGUUGGGGAUAGGUGUGUGGUGUAUGUGUGUGUGUACAAUAUAUACUAUUUUUUAUACUUUAAGAAAACAUGGAAAAUAGUUUAUAUUUUAUAGUAGGUUUUAAGCACUUUACAUACAUUAUCUAAUUUAGUAACCUUACAGAUUUCAUAAUAUUGUCUCUGUCUUAUAGAUGAGGCUUGGGGAGACUGAAUAACUUGUGUAAGUGUUGAAACCUGGAUUCAGACCCAGUCCAGCUGACUCCAGAGGCUGAGUGCUUUACACUGUGCUGUGCAUUCUGUGUGAUUUUACUCUGAGAUGAUUAAACAGGGUUUGCCCUGCUGAAUUUGGAAGCAUUGGAAAGCUGUGGGACUUCAUCUCUGGCUUCAGAUUGUGUUUCCUGAUGUGGAACCUGCCACUUACUGGUGCUAAGUAAAUACAGAAUCAAUGCAAACAAAA